AUUUUGGUAAGAAAAAAAAAACUACUGAUCCAACCAUAAUAGUAUAAUAAUGCGGUUCGAGAACCUUGCAAUUUUCGUCUCAAUUGUCACCGUGGAAUUUGCACCCCGCUUUGCCAAAGUUGUAUUAUCUCACCGGCGCUUUGUUGUUCCAGAGUCCAGCCGGACCGCCAAAAUUUAUUUUGAAGCAACUAGGGUUUUUGGAAGCUCUGAGGAUUGGGAAAUUUGGAUAAGAUGGAGGAAGAACCGGCUGUUCCGAUGCGGCUAAUGAAUUUCGUCUCGGAGGAACAGUUAGAUGAUGCUAAGAAAACGAGAGGAGAGCGUGUCGAGGAUGGAACCGCCCAGAGGGAUCGGCCUCUCUACGAAAUACUGAGAGAGAACAAAGACAAGAAGGACGCGGAGUUCAAUGAACGGUUCAAGCACAGGCCACCGAAAGCUUUGGAUGAAGAUGAGACCGAGUUUCUCGAUAAUCUGGAGAUGUCAAGGAGGGAGCUUGAGCGACAAGUGGCAGAUGAGGAAACCGAGCAGCUUCGGAAUUUCCAAGCAGCAGUUGUGGCACAGUCCAGCACUGUUCAUGAAUUGCAAGAUAAACAACCUCUGCCGCCAGUAAAGGAAGAGCAUAAGUCAGGAGGGAAGAAGAAUCCAUCAUCUCGUCCACUACAUAUGAUAAUUAAAGUGAAGCCACAGUCAAAGAAAGCAAAGACGGAACAUAGGAGUGACGUGGAAGCCUCAGAUGGAAUGGAAACACCACCUCCCACGACUAAUGCAAAGUCUCUUGGUCCAGAGGGGAAAUCAACGGGGGUAGCAGAUAAGUCUAACUGCGUAGCUGAAAUGGGUCUUGUUUCGUAUAGUGAUGAAGAAAGUGAUGAAGGAGAUUCAUAAACUUGUCUAACCUAAGUGGAAAAAAUAUUGACCUUUGGUUUAGUAUCCUUCCGGUUCUGGUGCUUGUCCUGUGUGCGUCUACUAUUCUUCGCUGAAUGCAGAAUCCAGGGAUAGGUAAUGGUGUCAUGGUGCAUGAUGAAGAUUGAUGAGAGCGGCACAGUUUGGUGGUUAUCUUAUCCAGGAAAGGAAUGACUUUGGAAUCUCUGUCUCUGUCCUGGCGAUAGGUUGACUUUGGAAUCUAAUCUCAUCUCAUCUCAUCUCAUAUAAUAAAGAUUCAUAGCUUUUAUUUGCCAG